CUCUUGUCUCUGCGACUCCGUCAGUCGAAGUCUCAACGUCACACACCGCGAGCUGAGUUGCUCUCCAUCUCCGAUAUCUGCAAUCGGUGCCUUGAUGAGAACAAAUAGUUGAUUCUGGCAAUAUUGGAUAAUCAAAAACUUGGAAAACUUGCUGAGUGUGCCUAUACAUAGUAGAGAGAUGUCAAACAAGGACCUUGAAAAUGAGUUUGAUGAUAAAGCUUAUUGGCCAAAGCCCAUUGAAGACCAUUUUAUUCAUCUACUGUAUGAAGAGGCAAAAAAAGGCUUGCAAACCAAUAAUUUAGAUAAGACUGAGUGGGCUGGUAUAGAAAAGCAGUUGUUUGACAAGUUUGGGAAGAGAUACAGUCGUGACAAAUUGAGGCAGAAAUAUAACCGAUUGCGCAAGAUUCACCGUGAGUUUACAAAGCUCAUUUCUCAUACCGGGAUGGGUUGGGACCCAAACACGAACACCGUUCAAGCAUCGGAAGAAAUUUGGGCAUCCUAUCUCAAGAAAAACAAGUUUGCAAGCCGUUUUCGUAGCAAAGGAUGUCCUCACUAUGAUUUGCUUGGUUUGAUUUUCAACUACACCACUGCCUCUGGACAAAUGCAAUGCGCAUCUACUCAUUCUCCUCCAGAUUCUGAUGCUGAAAGAGAGCUAGAAAAUGAUUUUCUUACCAAUGGUGCACAUGUAGGUCUUAAUCCAGAAAGUGGUUCAAGAGGUUUUAGUGAGGGAGAUGAAGGAACUAGCAACAAGAACAAGCGUGCUGCUCUAUUUCCCCAGAGUGAUCUUCCCUCAAGGUUAAAGUCAUCUAAAUCAACCAAAAUUGAUGAAACCAUUGAAGCUUGGGCAAAGUCUCUUAAUAGCAAGAUUGAAGUUUCAUUGGCAAAGCUUACGCGUAAGAGUGAAAAGGAAGUGGCCUUUCCAUAUAAAGAAUUGGGCUCCAUUGAGGAUUGUAUGGAAAUAUUGGAGGCCAUGGAGGGAGUGAAUGAUGAUGCUUAUGUGAAAGCUUUGGAUAAGUUUACUAGUUCAGAUUGGAGGAGGAUGUUCGUGAAGAUGUCAGAUUCAAGGAGAAGAGUGUGGCUCAAAAGCCUAAAGUGAAUGAGAUUGUGAAUUAUUAGUUUUAGAAUUUAUUUAGUUUAGAAUAUUUUAAUUUAAUAUGUAUUAUUUAGGACUUGAAGAUCAAUUGAGUUUGGCGAUGAUUUAAUUUUGGUAUUAAA